AUGGCGUCAUCAAAUACUCCAGAAGCUCAAGAUACCAGCUACGUCGAGAUGGACGACAAGAACGAGGCCACUCUGAUUGGCAAGCACUGCGAAUACGACUACUGCAACCAACUCGACUUCCUACCCUUUUUCUGCCAGUCCUGCCGAAGGACAUUCUGUCUCGAUCAUCGAACCGAAACUUCACAUGCAUGCGCAAACCCUGGCGCUUGGGCGGAGCGAAAGCGACUUAGAGAGCUCUCGCAGCCAUCUAUCGGUCAAGGAAGGGUCCUACGGGACAAGGUGUCCCAGAAGCCUUGUUCAUCGCCUGAAUGCAAGACCACAAUCGGAACAUCUUUGACGCCUGGUGUACACUGCCAAACAUGCAAUCGAGAUUACUGCUUAAAGCAUCGUCUUAAGGAAGACCAUGACUGCAGCAACUUGGUACCCAUUGGAGCCCGACCUAUGCAAUUUGACGUCGGUCAGAAGACAAGGUCAGCAUUCGAUAAACUACGCGCAUGGGGUACAGCGAAGAAGGAACAAGCAGGUAGAGCGCUGCCAAAACCGAAACCAACGUCAGCCUCCGCGCGAAUUGCUGCAGUGAACAAUCUCAAGAAGACAGCUAAAGGCGAUGCCAAGACCCCUGUCGAAAAGAGGGUGUACGUGUACGUGGAAGCCGAGGCGGAGACAGCCAAGGCCAAGUUCCCCAAGGGGGAGUUCUUCUACAACAAGGAUUGGGUUGUAGGCCGAGUGCUGGAUGCUGCAGCAAGAAGUCUGCAAGUACAGAACAUAAACAACCAAAGUUCUGACGAGAAAGAUAAGCUACGCGUGUUUCACGUAGAGGGAGGCAGAAUUUUGGAGUAUAAUGAGAAAGUUGGGACUGCGUUGCAGAGUGGAAAUACUGUGGUUUUAUUGCGUGGCGUUGGGCCAGCUACCCCAGACCUGAUUGAAGCAUGA